AUGAUGUUUGCUAACAAGAAGCACUUCAUCACUGCCAUCGUCGGGGUGCUGGCUGCACUCUCCAUCAUUGCCCUUGUUCUCAGCCUGGUGAAGAUUGAAGAUGUCACUCUGCCACCCACGGUCAAGUAUGGGAUGGUGUUUGACGCAGGGUCAUCCCACACCUCCCUGUUUGUCUACGAGUGGGAUUCAGACAAGGAGAAUGACACCGGUGUGGUCAGCCAGACCUUGUCCUGUGAUGUCCAGGGUCCAGGCAUAUCAAGCUACGCCAGUGAUCCCCCGAAAGCUGGUGAUUCCCUAAGAGAGUGUCUGGAUAAAGCCCUGAAGGUCAUUCCUAAAAAAAGGGAUGUCCCAGCUUACCUCGGAGCAACGGCAGGCAUGAGGCUACUGAGGGAACAGAACAGCUCAGCCACAGCCCAAGUCCUGGCUGAAGUUGCUAAAACCAUGCGAGAGUACCCGGUGGCUUUCAAAGGGGCUCGAAUACUCACGGGAGAGGAGGAGGGGACUUACGGCUGGAUCACCACCAACUACCUGCUGGAAUCCUUCACUAAGUUCUCCCCCAAAGCUCACACCUGGAUUCAUCCAGAGGCACCCAACAUUUUUGGGGCGCUGGAUCUUGGAGGAGCAUCUACUCAGAUCAGCUUUAGACCUGAAGGUUCAGUGAUAAACUGGAAUGAAGGCUCCAAGUUGACGCUGUACGGGUAUAACUACAACAUCUACACACACAGCUACCUCUGCUACGGGCAGAACGAGAUGCUGAAGCGACUGGCAAAGGAAUUAAUUGUGGAGUCAUCCUCCAGCACACGAGUCGCUCACCCCUGCUACCCAAAAGACUACAAUGAAACCAUCUCGCUGUCUUCCUUCCACACCAGCCCCUGCACCAACCGGAGCGACCCACGCCUGACCCUUGGUGACAGGAAUGUCACCCUGGAGGGCAGGGGCAAUGCCAGCGGGUGCCUGGCUGCCAUCAAGAAGCUGUUCAACUUCUCGGCAUGCGGCCAAAGCCCGGACUGCACCUUUGAUGGCAUCUACCAGCCCCUGGUCAGCGGGCGGUUCAUUGCCUUCUCUGCCUUUUAUUAUAACUUCAAAUUUCUCAACCUGACUGAGGGGCAGUCGCUGGCCACUGUCAGGGAGACCAUCGAGCAUUUCUGCACCAGAAGCUGGGAAGAUCUGUCUUCUAGCUACCCUGAAGAGAAACCUGAGCGACUGCCUAAAUACUGUGCCAACGCCAACUACAUCCUCACACUCCUCCUCGACGCCUACAAGUUCAAUGAGACCAGCUGGAACAACAUCUUCUUCCAGAUGAAGGUGGGGAGCACAGAUGUUGGCUGGACGCUGGGCUACAUGCUGAACCUCACCAACAUGAUCCCAGCGGAGGCUCCGGUGCAAGUGAAGGGGCAUGUUCCUUCCCUGUGGGCUGCGGCUGUCGCCUUCAUCAUCCUCACCCUUGGCUUGGGGCUUGCUGCCCUGCUCCUGCUCUUGUGGGUUUAG